CUCUUCCUGCAUUCCUCCCUUGUUCUUUUGGUAUUCAAGAAUGCCAAUGGCAAAGCAGCUCCGUGCUUUUUCUGCUUUCAUUCUGAUCAUAUUUCUCUUUGGUUCCACGACAACUACAGAGGCAAGGAAAGCAGCAUUUGAUCCGGUUGGAUCAAAUGACUUAAUUCCUGAUGUAUCUGAACCCUCAAUGCUCCAAGCAGAUGAAAUAACUGAUGGUAAGCGUCCGAGAGCUCCGGAUGAGCUCCAAGCAGACAUAACUGUUCCUAAGCGUCCAAGAGCUCCAGAUGAGCUCAAACUCGAUGAUCAAAUAAUUGGUGUUAAGCGUCCAAGACCUCCAGAUGUGCUGGAACUAGAUCAAAUUAUUGGUGUUAAGCGUCCAAGACCUCCAGAUGUGCUGGAACUAGAUCAAAUAAUUGGUGUUAAGCGUCCAAGACCUCCAGAUGUGCUCGAAUCAGAUCAAAUAAUUGGUGUUAAGCGUCCAAGACCUCCAGAUGUGCUCGAACCAGAUCAAGUAAUUGGUGUUAAGCGUCCAAGACCUCCAAAGCUCCAAGCAGAUCCUCCACCCGUAAGCCUUUUUGCCACAAUCAGUGACCCGGCUGAAGACACCACUCAGGCUGCUAAAAAUCUGGUUGUACAUUCUGGAUUUUCUACUGAAUAUAAGGUCCCGACAACACCUUCCAGUGAGGUCAGACAAUUUGGAUUCCCUUAGUUCCUUGGUCGUCCCUCGGAAAAAUCCACCUACUUGAAAAUGUUUGAACUGUCGUCAAGUAUAAAUAAAAUGGUCUAGUUUCACAGUGUGCUAUGAUAUCAUGUUGUUGCUUUGAUGUUAUUAGUGACAUCUUCCUUAUAUAUUAUUAUGAAAAUUAAAAUUUAGCACCAAUGUUCUACAUUUCCCUGAGCUUGAAUGUGUGUAUAUAUAUUUUUUAAAUAAUUCCGCCUUUUUAUGGGACAAAAAUGUAUUAUAAACAUAUAAAGAGAAAAAUUAAAUCAACUCAAAAAAAAAAAAGAGGAAAAAAAAAGCUAACUACUUGUGGUUGAGGUUGAGCAUUUCACAUGAUACAAGGAUUACAGGCAUUAAUUUGUUAAGCAAUGGCAUCGAUUGUAUGCUUUAGAUGAUACCAAUUUAGAUUAGAAAAGCCUUUACAUACAGGAAAUGAGUUACUGCAUACACAGAGAAUUGGUUCAAACAAUCCUCUUUUCUCAUUCCAAGUAAUGUAGGAU